AUGUCAAGCAAUGAGGCUUUGUCACCAGCAACAACAAAUGGAUCAAUACCAUCGCAAUUGAGGCGGAAGCACCCAUGCGUUCUAUGUCAGCAGAGAAAAGUGAAAUGCGACCGCAAUGAGCCCUGCCAGAAUUGCACAAAAGCAAGAGUGGAAUGCAUAUCACCGUUGACAUUACCUCCCAAGAAACGGAAAAGGAGAUUUCCCGAAGCAGAGCUGCUAGCGAGAAUCAGGCGAUAUGAAGAUGCUCUGAAAGGCUAUGGAGCCGAUUUAGAUGCUAUCAACGGGGAAGGAGGUAGGACUUCACUUUCUUACCAAGGGCAGUCAACUCUUGCUGCAAAGCAAGCAGAGACAGAAUCCAAUGUAAUGCCCCGAUCAGAAGUGGUGGCCCAGCCUACACGGUCCCUAUCUAUCAGGAGAUCUCUAAGGCACGUUAAGAACAAUUUGUGGACCGGGAUAAAUGAAGAGCUCAUGUCCUGGAAUUUCUAUCGAGUAUCACAAUGUGGACAAACUCCUGAAGCGUUCAAUAAAGCCAUUAUCAGCCCUGUCUUGAAUUCAGCUGAUGGUUUGCAUGAUCAGUUCCGAGACGCCGAAGAGAUCCUCCAAGGCUCAUCAGAUGAUGAGUUGUACGAAAAUCCAAUCAGCAAGACCUACGAUGCUAUCAACGGCGAUGGUAGCGACUUUCUUUUCACAAGUCCCAAUUCAGCAACUCCAAUCAGAGAUCUUCAUCCUUCACCCGUGCAAAUCUUCAGGCUAUGGCAAACGUUUAUCGACAGCGUUAAUCCGCUUCUGAAAAUAUUCCAUGCUCCUACCGUUCAGCAGCAAGUUCUGGAUGCUAGUGCGGACUUAGAUAAUGUCGACAAAGGCAUGGAAGCUUUGAUGUUUGGAAUAUACUCCAUUUCUGUCAACUCCAUGGCCGAAUCGGACUGCUCUGCUAUGUUUGGCGAAGACAAAACUAUCCUACGAGAAAGAUUUCAGGAAGGCGCUCGUCAUGCCUUUCGAAGAUGUGGCUUACUUCGGUCUUCUGACAUGACUAUCUUGCAAGCUUUUGUCUUGUAUCUGUAUUCCUGUCUCAAUUUCUGCAUCGACCCCCGCUCAUUAUUCUGUCUGUCUGGUAUUGCUGUAAGAAUAGCCCAGCGUAUGGGUCUCAACUUUGAUGGCACCAGUUACGGCCUCCUCCCUUUCGAAGUCGAGAUGCGACGAAGGCUAUGGUGGCAAAUAGUACUCCUCGACUUCCGAAUCUCCGAACUCUCUGGAGCUGGCAAUUCCAUUCUAACCCAUGUUUGGACGACAAAACUUCCCCUGAAUGUCAACGACAGUGACCUUUUCCCAGACAUGCGAGACCCGCCCACGGAACAUCCAGGCCGAGUGACAGAAAUGAUCUAUGUCCUCCAGCGCUGCGAAGCUGCUGAUCUUCUCCAGAAGUUACGCGACUCAACGGAUCCCGUCGCCGUCAAAGACGCAGCUAUCGAUGAGCUCUCGAAAAGAAUCGAGCAAAAAUAUCUCCAGUAUGGUGACCCUUCAGUCCCUCUCCACUUAUUCAGCACCAUCAUGGCCCGUUCCGGAAUGUGUAAACUUCACAUUGGUCCACGACAUCCACAUCUCAUCCACAGCAAGGAGCUCAAGAAGGACGAAAGAGAUCAACUAGUCAAAUACAGCUUGACUAUGAUCGAGAAUCAUAACAUCUUGAUGGCUACCAAGUGCCUAAAACCCUAUCUAUGGCACAUUCUCACCAACUCACCCUUUCCGGCACACAUUUACCUUCUCGUCGCUCUGCGCCACCACGCAAAUGACGAGUUAUCAGACAGGGCGUGGACCCACAUCGGUGAGUCUUUCCGACUGCGCAGAGAAACAUGGGCCCACAACGAAUCUGUCAAACACAGUGGGACUGCACUUCAACUCGCUCUGGCAAACUUGACUAUCAAGGCAUGGGAAGCUCGUGAGAAAGAACGACAAGGCAUCGCGACGCCAGAUUUCAUCACCCACCUCCGCGAAGUCAUAUCAACGAAGAAAGCCUCGAGAGCAGCACAGCAACAAACGCCGACAGAUUCAGGUGAGAGCGAGAUAGUAUCUGGAGCGCCUGCUGAUCCCUUUGGCGGUGGAUAUCAGUGGGGAUUGAAUGAGCCGACCUCCAUGAUGGACUUCGGCCAGGGUCUCGAUCCAAACGUAAUGCCGGGUUUGAUGCAAGACCAAGGAGGAGCCAUGGGCUGGGAAUUUUGGAAUGAUUUGAUGCAAAUGCCAGCAAUUCCUGGGUUUGAUGGGAGUGCUGGGCAGGGUGUUUAUCCCGGCUGA